AUGCGUAGGCGCAAUCCGCCAAUUCUCCCUUCCUCCAACUGCUCUGCAACACCAUACGCAUGCAUUGCGUGGACGUUUUCGGGCAUGAUGUCGCUCUGUUCAUAUAUCUGUCUUUCAUUAUCUAUAUUUAUUUUAUUCUCUUUUAUAUGUUUUUUCAUUGUCUAUUUCUAUCUAUCUAUCUAUCUAUCUAUCUAUCUAUCUAUCUAUCUCUCAAAUUUAAUCCUAUCUAUCUAUCUAUCAUUCUAUCUAUCUAUCUUAGUCUGUUCGUAUAUCUGUCUUUCAUUAUCUAUAUAUAUCUUAUUCUCUUUUAUAUGUUUUUCAUUGUCUAUUUCUAUCUAUCUAUCUAUCUAUCUAUCUAUCUAUCUAUCAAAUUUAAUCCUAUCUAUCUAUCUAUCUAUCUAUCUAUCUAUCUAUCUAUCUAUCUUAGUCUGUUCAUAUAUCUGUCUUUCAUUAUCUAUAUUUAUCUUAUUCUCUUUUAUAUGUUUUUUCAUUGUCUAUUUCUAUCUAUCUAUCUAUCUAUCUAUCAAAUUUAAUCCUAUCUAUCUAUCUAUCUAUCUAUCUAUCUAUCUAUCUAUCUAUCUAUCUAUCUUAUCUGUUCAUAUCAGUCUGACAUUAUCUAUCUAUCUAUCUAUCUAUCUAUCUAUCUAUCUUCGUUUUAACCCUAUCUCUCACUAUCUAUCUAUCUAUCUAUCUAUCUAUCUAUCUAUCUAUCUAUCUAUCUAUCUCUGUCUGUUCAUAUCAAACCAUCUCAGUUUGUUUUCCCAGUCUCUCUAUCUCAUUACGCUCUUAUCUAGCUCAUAUAUAACAGUCUUUCAUUAUCUAUCUCUCAAUUCUAUUCACUUUUAUACGUCUUGA